AUGGAACAAAUAAGAGAACAACUACGUUUUAAACAAUCAAUUCUAGAUCGUGUCAAUAAUUUUCUCGAGCAAAAUAUCAAUAAAAAUAUUUCAACUUCAGUAGAGGCAUACAUAUUCGAUGAGAAGAAGAAAAAUGUAUUAGUGACACCUGAUUCAUUUAGUGUUGCUAAUGAUUUGGCUACAUUGACUCUAUGUGAACAUACCAUUCUUACUGCAGGAACAUUUGGAUGGUGGGGUGCUUUUCUUUCACAUAAUAGAUUAGGUGAUGUAUUAACUGAUUCCAAAUCAGAUCAUAGUCCUAUUGAUUCUAAUUGUCGAGCAGAUGAUUAUUUUCCAUCAUGGUUUAAAUUUUUAAAUAAUACAAAUUAA